AUUUCAUCUUUGCUGUAGACCGGCAUUUUCCCACAACACCCUGCUCCUGCUCUCACAGAUUUCGAAAAUGGCGGACAACUCAUCUUCGGUCGAGAUUGUCGAGGGCUGUCGCCUUCCCGUUCUUCGUAAAAACCAAGAACACGAGGACGAAUGGCCCUUGGCUGAAAUUCUAAGUGUGAAGGAAGUUUCUUUGAGAAAGCUUUACUAUGUUCACUACAUUGACUUCAACAAGCGCCUGGAUGAGUGGGUCACAGGAGACAGGCUGGACAUGAAGAAGCUUCAGUUCCCUAAGAAAGAAGCUAAAACACCAACGAAGAAUGGUCUUCCAGGCUCCCGUCCCAGUUCUCCAGAAAGAGAAGUGAGGAAGAGUCUAGAUCUCAACGUACAACCUGCCACAGCUCCUUCCAGAGGCAAAACCCUCCCCACACCGCUGUCGGGUCAUGGAAAUCAAGAAAUAAACAACCAUGACACAAAAAAAGAAGAUGAUGAUCAAGUUGUGCAGAUCACAUCUGGAAGUGGUGUAACACACAAUGUAUCCAAACAUUUGUCAAGUGUAUGCACUGGAAACGUCAAGCCACGUUUCAGCUUCAAAUCUGUCAAGAAGAGGAAAGUAGAGGCCGUCCCCUUGGCGACUCAGGUAUCCCCGGCCACCCCUGUGCCCUCCCUGCCAAGUUCAGCUGAAGCCACUCAGGCAUCUGUUUUUCCCGCUGUGAGGGAAACCAACACCUUCAAAUCACGCGAAGAUCAUGAACAGCUCGCCUCGCUCACAACGAACGGCACUGCCCGGCGACUCGUCCCCUCACAGCCCGGGAGGAAGAGGAAAGCUAAUUGUGGAGGCCCUGACGAGAUGAUAAAGGUUUUGCAGUAUAACAACCCUCAAAGUGCCAGUGUCUUUCUACCACCACCAGAGGACUCCCAGGACAGUUCAGAUGGCAUCCCUACUGCGCCCCGCAUGACAGGGAGUCUGGUGUCCGACCGCAGCCACGACGACAUCGUCACUCGGAUGAAAAACAUAGAGUGUAUAGAGCUGGGACGUCACAGACUGAAGCCCUGGUACUUCUCACCGUACCCACAGGAACUCACCACAUUGCCCAUCCUCUACCUCUGUGAAUUCUGUCUCAAGUACCUCAAAAGCCUGAAGUGUCUCCAGAGGCAUUUGACAAAAUGUAAUCUAAGACAUCCGCCAGGCAACGAGAUCUACCGCAAAGGCACCAUCUCAUUCUUUGAGAUUGACGGCAGGAAAAACAAAACUUAUUCCCAAAACCUGUGUUUACUCGCUAAAUGUUUCCUGGACCACAAAACCUUGUAUUACGACACAGACCCUUUCCUGUUCUAUGUUAUGACUGAGUAUGACUCCAAAGGCUUCCACAUAGUGGGAUACUUCUCUAAGGAAAAAGAGUCGACUGAAGAUUAUAACGUUGCCUGCAUCCUGACGUUGCCUCCCUACCAGCGGAGAGGUUAUGGAAAACUGCUCAUUGAGUUCAGUUACGAGCUUUCAAAGGUAGAAGGGAAGACCGGAACUCCUGAGAAGCCACUUUCUGACCUCGGCCUCUUGUCCUAUCGCUCCUACUGGUCCCAGACCAUCCUCGAAAUUCUCAUGGACCUCAAGCCUGACAAUGGAGAAAGGCCACAGAUCACCAUCAAUGAGAUCAGCGAGAUCACAAGUGUAAAGAAAGAAGAUGUAAUUUCAACACUUCAGUACCUCAACCUCAUCAACUACUACAAGGGUCAGUACAUCCUGACACUUUCAGAGGACAUUGUGGAUGGACACGAAAGAGCGAUGCAGAAGAGACACUUGCGCAUAGAUCCAAAAUGCCUUCACUUCACACCUAAGGACUGGAGCAAGAGGGGCAAGUGGUAGAUACCCUGCCUGGUUCACUGCACACCCUCCCCACAUGGCAACUCCAACCCACCGGUGGAUCAGAUAAAGGUUUUUGUUAAGCUGUUGGAACCCAGGACUUCUCUUCAGAUAACAAACACAAUCUUUUUCUUUAGAUGCGCACACUUUUAUUGUGAAUAUUCCUUAUCUAUAUUGUGAAUUCAAACUUGGGGACAAAACCGAGACUGGUUGAUGGUGACAUCACCAAAUAAUACACCUUCUACUGUGUGAAAGACCCUGUUUAUGACCAACAGUGCGUUAAAAGUGACAUCUGGUGUCUGUUAGUGUAAAUUCAAGCCUAAAGUGGCAAAACCUAACGAAAACAUGAUGGUGGUUUCAUAGAUAAAAAAUUUGAGCUCAGUUGUGAAUUGUCUCAUCACAUUAUUGUAAAAACCACAAAGGGGGUUUCUUAGCGUUUUUUCGUCUACAUCCGUUCUUUCUGCGUCAAAGUCAUUAAAAGUAUUUAUGUGUCCCAGAAAGGUUUGUUUGUAAAGACCAGUCAACAGAAUUCUUCAACUCUUUCCAGUACGAUAAUGUUUUUGUUUUUACUCAUAACUGAGAAACAGUAGGUGAUGGGGAAAAAAAAAAUAUUGGUUGAGCUCAUGUCCAAACAGCACUCCAGAACUUAGUCACCACUUUUCUACUUUUGAAUAGUGAUUUUUAUAUGAAGUGUGCAGGCUUCAAAAACACCUCUCUUCCCCUUUUACACUCAUGUAUUAACAGUGACUCAGUGAGAUAUAUAUUUGUGAGUAUGUAAACGAAGAGAAGGUACAAGAAAUCCAGUUUUCAGAUCUGUUUUGUCAGCAAAGUGUCCGCCCCGUUAGAUACGUCACCUCAACACACAGAUGAUAUUUCUUUGGUUUAUUUGGAUUCUGUUGGAUUGCCUGAACGCUACAAAUUCCAAUAAAUAUAAAUACAUUUUUUAAAAAAGACAUCAGUACAGUUAUAAUGUUGCUUAACGAACAACAUGGUCAGUUCAGGAUUGUUAUCUUUCACAGUGUUACCUCUGCUUUUCAUUUCCCUGUGUUUUUUAAAUAGUAUUUAUGCUCUGUGAUCAUUCAGGUGGAUAUUUCUUCUUUUUCACACAACCUGUCACCGUCAUCUGUGCAGUGCACAAAGAGACAAAUCAUUUCCCCAAGUUAAACUUAUGUUCCCCCCCAACUGUACAUACUGAACCUGAUUGUAAAAAGGAAAAAAAAGCUUAGAAGACAGAAGCCAUGUUGAACUGUUAGAGGAAUGUAAAUUUUGUGUACAGUUGUCUUUUUCUUUUCUUUUUUUUUACUUAAUGUAAACUAACUGGCUGCACAAUAUCAACAGGAAAAGACGUUAAGUGAUAUCUUAUGUUCAAUUUGUGUUUUUAUGUUUACAUGUCACAAAGGAUGUUGGAUUUUACCCUGUUGAAAUGAUUUAGCAUAUCUUUAAGUGAAACACAGUCAAGAGUAUGAUUUGAACAUUUGAUAUAAAAAAAAAAAGCUUGUCGAAUUGAUAAAAAACAUGUUUAAAAACCCACAA